AUGCGCGGCGACGACCAAGUUUUACCAAAGCUUGGAGGGGGUAAGAUGGCACACAGGUUGGGGGAAGUUGGUACGGAUGGCGCAGAUGAAGUUAAAAUCGAGCUUCUUCGUAAUUCAUCCACCGUAGAUACUCACCACUUGGAGUCAGUAGAGAGGUUAACGACUGAAUUGAACGAAACCAAACGUAAACUUGGAUUGCGCAAUCGGCAAUUACAGAAAAAGAAAAUUCAAGAUUUGGAGGGUGGGGGGAUGGAGGGGUUAAAGUUAAAGGCCGAUAAAUUAGAUGAUUUGGUGCGAGGUUUACGUACAGUGUUGCCAAGUGUUGAACCUGGAGAUAAUGUUGAUGAUAUUGUGAAACAACUGGAAACACUGCAACAUAAACAAAGUUUUGACCACACGAUGUCUCCUGUUCAUGAAAGUUCGCCGGUGAAGGGGGAAUCCCCCAUGGGGGGUGCGAUGUCACUAACGUUGCAAGCGUUGCAGGAGCAGGUUGCCGACUAUGAGUUAGAGAUUGCGCAAUACGAACAAGUUCAGCACGAUUGGGAGAUUGAAAAGGAAUCGUUGCAAAAGAUGUUGGAGAGAUAUCGAUCAGAGAUUGGGGUGGAUGCAACGAACGAUGAUAUUAAUGCUGGGGAAUCCUUGGAGUCUGUUGUGGUAACCAACGACAACAAUGGCGUUGAAACAGCGAGUGAACAACGACCCGUUGAAGCUUUGUUGGGGGAGCUGAAAGAAUCUGAGCUUCAACUUAUGGAAGAAAAAGAACAAUUGCAAACCACGAUAAAGAAUCUCGAAGAUAAAUUGAAAUCCACGGUCGUUGAAAGCAAAGGUUGGUUUAUAAUUGAAGUUGUUCAAGUGAACAAUCGUUAUGCCGAGAAAUUAAUUGCUCUUGAGCUCCAUCUAGAGGAAGUUAUUUCUCAAAAAAAAAUCCUGGAAGAAAAUUUUGCUGAAAAAUCUAAAAAGUUUGGAAAAGUUUUAGAUGAAAGGAACGAACUGGAAGAAAGUAUCGAAGUGUUGGAUUCACAACAUCAGAUGGAAAUGGAAGAAAUAUUGAAUAUUCGAAACGAACUUGUGAAUCAACUUCACUUGAGUAAACAACAAGUUGGGGGGUUAGAGGAGGACAAUUUAAAGUUGGCGGCAAAAGUUGAAAGUUUAAAAAUCGAGAAAAUGAACAUUCUUGGGAUGACGGAGAAGAUUUCUCAACUCGAGCGCGAGAACCAACAUUUUGUUGAAGUGAUGGAGGAGCAAGUGGAGGAGCAUAUGAGGGAAUUGGAUGGUGCUCUUGGGAGGAUGGAGGAGGUGGAGGGAAGGAGGAGGAGGUUGGAGGAGGAGCAGAGGAUUACUAUGGGGAAGGUGGAGGAGUUGAGGGUUGCUCAAGAAGAGUGGGUGAAAAUGGUGGGGAGCAAGGAGGAAGAGGUUGGGAUCCUUGAAGCUGAAGUUGUGUCGCUACGUGAUGCAAAGGUGAAGAUGGAAGAUGAUCUUCGAACCAUGAGGUUGGAGAGGGAUGACCAAGCUAUGCUCGCGGAGGAGAUGGCUGCGAAGAUAAGGAGGUUGGCGAGGGAUGAUGCGAGAGACCA